AUGCCUGGUAGAACUCCAACAUAUAAGCUUCCUCCGUUGCCUCGCCUGAAGGUUAAGAAGCCCGUUAUCAAGCAGGAGGCCAACAGAUGCCUUGUGCUCAUGUCCAACCUUCUUCAAUGCUGGUCAUCCAACGGGCAUAUGAACCCAGUAUGUGAGAAACUAGCGACAGAUUUGAAAGCAUGCACGUCCCAGAACGUAAUGGGAAGCAACCAGAAGCCGCGCAAAAGUACAAUCAACUACCACGCUGCGCGGUUGUACGAUAGAAUCAGUGGCAAGCCACACGAUUGA